ACACUCAAAAAUACUUAUUCAAUAUUAAAACUGAGUUUUUACAUUCAAAAUUUAAAAAGCUAGGAAUACCUACAAGACUUGAAAUACAAAUUAGAACUUUUAAGAAUUUGACAUAUCGACAUCUGUUGUAUUUAGGGACUGUAAAGAAAAACAAAAAGAGAGCUAAAAGAAGUAAUCGAAGUGAACCUCAAAUAUACAUAACUAACAUUUAGUAAAUAUUCAUUUCCAGGAAAUAAAUGUAAUAAUUAUUAAUGCUGUAUAAUGGAUAAUGAGUGCUGAAAGACUUGAGAGAGAUACAAAAAGUGCAUGAGAUGCGUACAAGAAGACUAAUACUGAUAUUUAUUUUGUGUAUAAUUUCUGUGACUUUCACCGUCAUUUAUUUUUUGACUGGGAGUUUAACAAAUGAUACUGUUUUUGUACCCAAGCCUGAGAAGUAUGCAGAUAAGAAGUGGGUAGAGUUUGAAGGACGAUUGAAACAACUUGAGAGUGAUUUAGUAAACCAUCAUGAAACAAUAAAAGACAUAAGCCAAUCUCUUCAAAAAAUCGUUACAGUGAAAAGUAAAAAUGCACCAAAAAUUCCCGAAGAAUUACUCCAAAAUGUUGCAGGUCAGACUUUAAUUUCAACCCAAAUAAUAAACAACAAUGGUUGCUCUAUACAAACAGGUCAUACUCCAAAAACUGAUAUUCAGAUGUUGGAACUUUAUAAACGAAUUAAGUUUGACAAUGUCGAUGGGGGUGUUUGGAAACAAGGGUGGAAAAUUGAAAUAAAUGAGAAAAAUUGGAAUAAAGAACAUAAACUGAAAGUAUUUGUUGUUCCUCAUUCUCAUAAUGACCCUGGUUGGCUUAAAACAGUUGAUGAGUAUUAUUUGAGUGCCACAAAACACAUCCUGAAUUCUAUGCUAAUUAAAUUAGAAGAUGAUCCCAGGCGCAAAUUCAUUUGGGCUGAAAUUUCAUAUUUUUCAAUGUGGUGGGAAGAACUGGACGAUUCUGAAAAGAAGAGAGUCAAAGAAUUGUUAAGAAAAAAUCAACUUGAAAUUGUAACAGGUGGUUGGGUAAUGAAUGAUGAAGCAAAUUCGCAUUGGUUAUCAGUUUAUUAUCAGCUUUCUGAAGGUCAUCAGUGGUUGAAGAAAAACUUGAAUUACAUUCCCCGUAGCCAUUGGUCUAUUGACCCCUUCGGCCUUAGCCCAACGCAGGCGUUUCUAUUAAAGAAUUCUGGACUACAAAAUAUGCUACUGCAAAGGGUUCAUUACUCCGUCAAAAAGGAACUUGCACGCAGGAAAGAAUUAGAAUUUAAAUGGAAGCAAUUAUGGGAUGAUGGUAGCUCCUCUGAAAUUUUCACACAAGUUAUGCCGUUUUAUUCGUACGAUAUUCCUCAUACUUGCGGCCCUGAUCCAAAAAUCUGUUGUCAGUUCGAUUUUAAAAGACUUUCAAUUUAUGGAUCAGUAUGUCCAUGGAAAAUAAAUCCAAAACCCAUCACUGAACAAAACGUUGCAGAGAGAGCAAGCCUUCUUUUGGAUCAAUAUCGUAAAAAGUCGAUGCUUUUCAAGACUAAUGUACUGCUAGUUCCUCUUGGAGACGAUUUUAGGUAUACUUUUCCAACAGAAUGGGACAAUCAGUAUAUGAACUACCAGAAAUUAAUGGACUACAUAAAUACUAAUGUGAAUUUACACGCUCAGGUACAAUUUGGAACUUUAAGUGAUUAUUUUGAUGCCGUAAGAGCAGAUAAAUCUAUGAAAGAAUUUCCAACAUUAACCGGAGAUUUUUUCACUUAUUCUGACAGAGACGACCAUUACUGGAGUGGAUACUACACUUCCAGACCAUUUUAUAAAAGAAUGGACAGACUUUUACUCUCAUAUGUACGGGGAGCUGAAAUUAUUUUAGCAUUGUCUCAGUUGUGUCAGAAUUCGGAUUCGGUUUCUUCCAAAACUGGUGUUAAUUCUUUAGAGGAGAUUGUCUCCGAAUCGCGACGUUCUUUGGCUCUAUUUCAGCAUCACGACGGAAUCACUGGAACAGCUAAAGACCAUGUGGUGAUAGACUAUGGAAAGAAGAUGUUGGCAUCGAUAAAAGGUUUGCAACAUGUAAUCCAGGCGUCAGUAAACUCAUUGCUGCUUAAUAAUUAUCCAAUGACGACAGAUGAGGUCGUUUAUAAAGUAGACGAUAUUUGGAGAAGUCAUGAUAAGGCGCCUGAAAGAUACACUAUUACUAUAGGACCAGAAUUGAGUACAAAGUACAUUGUCUUGUACAAUUCUCUUCCCCAAGCUAGACAUGAAGUCAUUUCAUUUGUGGUUUCUACACCAUUCUUACAGGUUUUAAAUUGGAAAGGUGCAAGGGUCAAAUGUCAGGUGUCCCCUAUAUUUGAAAAUAGCUACGAACCUCUCAUUUCUCAUUCAAAAUACGAAGUGUCGUUUAUAGCAUCUUUACCAGCUUUGGGAUUAGUCCGAUAUGUUAUACAGGCCCUUUAUGAGAAGGAAGUACCCCGGGAGACAACUUACGCAAAAGUAAAGAUUCUUAACCAUUAUAUGGAUAUUCCUACUCCCACUGGAUUUUCUUUUGUAGAAAUAUCCCCAACUCCGCGUGAAUUUAGUAUUCAGAAUUCAAAAAUUGUAGCUUCCUUUACCACAUUUGGCCUUUUAAAGGCCAUUAAAAUCGAUUCUAAAACUAUACCAAUUCAUUUAGACUUUGCAAGAUAUGGUGUUAGACAUACUCAAGAACGAAGUGGAGCGUAUUUGUUUUUACCAAAUGGCAAUGCCGUACCAAUAUCUCUAGAAAGUACCACCGUUAAAAUUAUCGAAGGCUCUAUUUUCUCAUCUGUUCAAGUUCGUUUGCCUUAUGUGCAGCAUUCAAUAAAAUUAUAUAACAGUACAGGGGCCGAUGGUCUGGGUUUAGAAAUUGAAAAUUUGGUCGAUAUAGAAAAAACAACUAACUUUGAAUUAGUUAUGAGACUGAUGAGUAACAUAAAAAGUGGCGAAGACUUUUUUACCGACUUGAACGGAUAUCAGCUAAUACGAAGAAAACGCUUUUCUAAACUUCCGCUUCAGGCGAACUACUAUCCCAUGCCGUCAAUGAUGUAUAUAGAAGAUAAUGGAACCAGAUUGACCAUGAUAUCGAGUACUCCUUUGGGCUGUUCGUCUUUGAAAGAGGGUCAAAUGGAGGUUAUGCAAGAUCGUAGAUUGAAUCAGGAUGAUAGCCGGGGAUUGGGUCAGGGAGUUUUGGACAAUCAUCCUACAAGACAUGUAUUCCGAGUGGUUUUGGAACAUAGAAAACGGGACUGUUAUGGUACAUCAGAUAAUUAUCCGUCUGGUUUUCCCACUUUAUCAGUCCACAUUGCUUCCCAGUCUUUGUUGAAUCCCAUUUUCAAAUUGCUCCGAGUUGAAGAUGAAGACCUGUCGUCACGCCCAGUCUACAUGCCUUCAGCGGCCGAAUUUGGGGUUGAUUACACCCUACCUAUAUUGAGAACUGACGUCUUGGUUGGUAACAAGACCUAUGUGGCCGUCACCUUACACAGGCAGCAAUUGGAUUUGUGCUUCUCAGAUGAACCUCUUCUCCAUCAAUUCCCUCUCAGCUCAGGAAAAGUGAACUUACAUGGACUUUUAUCAUUAAAUGGCCAAGGAGGAACUCUUACUGAAUCGUCGUUGACAUAUCUGUUCACCAACCGCAAAUUAAAUUUUUCCGAAGAUAUACAGUUAUGUCCCAUGCAGCUAAAGACAUAUUUAUUCGAUCGUUUUAUUAGGUGAAAAUUGUACUCGCCUAAAAUUAAUUUACCGUACACAUAUACCUAUUAGCAACUGUAUUUUAUACAUACAUGUAUUUGGGGUAUUUUUUUUACGUAGGUAGCUUACAUCAACUGAUAGUUCCUUUUUUUUAUCUCACGUUUUAAUUUAUUGGGAAUGUAUAAUACUCACUAAUGGGAAAGAUAUUAUUUUGACGAAAAGAAAUCUCAAAUAUUUAUAUUAAAUGCUAACUAAAGAUCUUAUAAUUUAUACAUAUAACAUAGUUCUAUUUAUAUACUAUUUAUUUUCUUUUUUUUUUUGGUAAAUUGUGCAGCUUGCUAACUGUUAAUAUUCCGUUAUAUAGUUUUUUAAUUAAAAUUUGGUUUGAAAUUUAAAUUUUUAGUAGGAUAGGAUUUCUUGUUGAGAAAGAAAAAAUGCACGUCAUAUUAGUUUAAAGUUUAUUUAUAGUAUGGUCAACUAAAAUAAUGCAUUAUUUAAUUUCU